AUGUCGCUUUUCCAUCGUGUCAUCGACGCCUUGAUAGGUCUCUUCAUGCUCGUCAAUUCCUGCCUCAAGCGCCGUGAACGCGAUCACCGGAAUAAAGGCACAACCCACUUCGCCACCCAAGUGUACCUCGAUGCCGAAUGCGGCUACUCGUCCUUUGGAGUAGAUCACAAAAACCUUACUCUCAAGCUCCCACCGCCCGCGCUCAUCCAUGACGGAACACUUGGCCGCUGCUCACUCGUGCCUCUGCCGUGCUCUCCGACAAGUCUUGGGCUCCCAAACGGAGCCUCCACUCCCGUGUCCCCGGAUACCUCUUGCUUCACCAUUGACCAGGACUACAUAUGCAUGGCAGGAGCCGACUUGGCCUACCUCAACAUUCUACUCUCAGCUUUCAUACUAGAGAAAGACUCUCAGGCUCUUCAUGAUCAUACGCGUCGUCGAAAACGUCGCCGCAAGCGUACCCCACCCUCUUCUUUGGGCCGAUCCUCCCGACCUAAAAAUCCCUCGCCUCUCCGGCAAGAGGCGACGCAUUACUUCCUCUCCGUCACUCGUCGCUGUUCCUCACCUCCACCUGAUCUGAAUCUCCAAGCUGAUGCGGAUACACCCACCUCUACACCUUCUUCCUCCUGCUCGACGGCGACGACGGCGCAAAUCUGUGACGCCGAUAAUACCAGCUCGGACGAAGACUUUGCUACUAUCUUGCCUUCUUUAUCUUCUGGAUCGAGCGUGUUCCGCUUCGAUGCGUCUGGGAACUUUGCCGACAUGAAUGCUCUGACGUUCGCCAGUCACUAG